AUGCGCAUCUUCCUUCUUGCAGGUUUAAUAGGAUUAGCGCUAGGAUCGGGCAGCCUGUUAGAUUCUCUGCGUUAUAACCCUAACUUCAAUGACCAGAUAUUCUUAUGGAGAAGUUUACGUCCGAAGCCAAAAUGGAAUACCACCACAACCAUAAAGCUAACGACAAGGGAACAGCCAACAACAUCAGUAGACGCAACUAUACAACUUACUACUGUAAAGUCUGAAGAGCGCACAACAUUGGAGCCUGAAGAAGGUACAACCAUAGAGCAUAAGGAAUCUACGACCAUGGAGCCUGAAGAGCCACUAACCAGGGAACCUGAAGAGCCACCAACCAAAGAACCUGAACAACCAGCAACCAAAGAAGCUGAAGAGCCCACUACCAUGGAGCCUGAAGAGAUCACAACCGUGCAGCCUGAAGAGCCCACAACCAUGGAACCUGAAGAAUAUACAACCAUGCGACCUGAAGAGUCCACAACCGUGCAGCCUGAAGAACCCACAUCCAUAGAGCCUGAAGAGUUCACAACCGUGCAGUCUAAAAAGCCCACAGCCAUGGAACCGGAACAGCGCACAACUAUGGAGCCUGAAGAGUUCACAACCAUGAAACCUAAACAGCGCACAACUAUGGAG